AUGCACUUCCUUCAGACUCUCGCGGUUCUCAGCGGCGCUCUGAUCAGCAGCUGCCAUGGCCGGCCUCAGAUCGGUCCCCAACUUGCCCCUCGCGAUAGCUGGGGAGGGGCUGUCAGUCUUGGGCCAACCACUUCGACUAUCAAGAAGGCGGUGACGACUAUUAUUCCGGGCGCUGCACCACCAACGCAGAACGGAGUUCUCUUUCUCUGGCCUGGCAUGUCCAACGGAACCGGUGACCUUGUUCAGACAACGCUCGAGUCUUGGCCUGACAACAGCUGGUGUGGUGCUAAGUCUGGCCAGUGGUGCGUUCGAGCCUCGCUUUUUGGAUGGUUUGGACAGCUAGACGGCCCAGCCAGCCCCGUGAGCGCUAACCAGAAGGUCAAGAUUAAGCAAGAUGUUACUGAUGCUGAUACUGGCGCUGUUCUGAGCACCUUCUCCUACAAGUCUGGUCCUUUCAUGCGCGGAUAUGGCACUGGAACUGAGUGUAACGAUGGCUGCUCUGGAACUAUUGCCGAGCAGCGUUACAUCAAUACCGAGAUCACCCUGGCUGGCUCGGAUAAGAACUUUGGAAAGACAAUCGCAACAUCUCAAGGUGCUACUUAUUCAGGGCUGGCGAGCAAUAGCGACGGGUCGGUGUGGACAAUUUCUGAGAUUCGCAUCCCGAAGAUGGUUUAA